GUGCGUGGGGGAUUGUCCUCCUCUGUCGUAAUGGCCGCCGCUGCAGCAGGAAUAAACAAGCAGGGCGCUGGAGCGACGAUGGAGCCCUGUCUCCGGCAUGGAAGGGGAGCCCAUGGAGGCAGCGUCAAGGUGUUGGAGUGCGGUGUGUGUGAGGACGUGUUCUCCCUGCAGGGGGAUAAGGUCCCUCGCCUUCUGCUCUGCGGUCACACGGUGUGUCAUGAUUGUCUCACCCGGCUGCCUCUGCACGGCAGAGCGGUCCGCUGCCCCUUCGACAGACAGGUCACAGAGCUGGGGGACUCUGGAGUUUGGGGUCUAAAGAAGAACUUUGCUCUGCUUGAACUCCUGGAGCGACUCCAGAACGGAGCGAGCAACCAGUCAGGAAUGGCGGAGGAUGUUUUGAAAGGGAUGGGAGAAUGUAUAAUCCGCUGCGACGAGGACGAGAGCCACACGGCGUCCGUGUACUGCACGGUGUGCGCCACGCACCUGUGCGCAGAGUGCUCCCAGCUCACCCACUCCACCCGCACGCUGGCCAAACACCGGCGAGUGCCGCUGGCUGAUAAACCUCACGAGAAGAUGCUCUGCCCGCAGCACCAGGUUCACGCCAUCGAGUUUGUCUGUCUGGAGGAGGCCUGCCAGUCGGGGCCUCUCAUGUGCUGCGUGUGUAAGGAAUACGGCAAGCACCAGGGACAUAAGCACGCCCUCCUGGAGUCAGAAGCCAAUCAGAUCCGUGCGUCCAUCCUGGACAUGGCCCACUGCAUCCGUACGUUCACCGACGAGGUGUCGGAGUACUCCAGGAAGCUGGUGGGCAUCGUGCAGCAGAUCGAGGGCGGCGAGCAGAUCGUAGAGGAUGGAGUCGGAAUGGCGCACACGGAGCAUGUCCCCGGCACAGCAGAGAGCGCUCGCUCCUGUGUCCGCGCUUACUUCGCCGACCUCCAUGAGACCCUGUGUCGGCAGGAGGAGAUGGCCCUGAGCGUGGUGGACGCUCACGUCAGGGAGAGGCUGAUCUGGCUGAGGCAGCAGCAGGAGGACAUGACCAUCCUGCUGUCUCAGGUCUCCACUGCCUGCCUGCACUGCGAGAAAACGCUGCAACAGGAUGACUGCAGAGUGGUGCUGGCAAAGCAGGAGAUCAACUGUUUGUUGGAGACGCUUCAGAAGCAGCAGCACCAGUUCACUGAGCUGGCAGAUCACGUUCAGCUGGACGCCGGCAUCCCUGUCACCUUCACCAAGGACAACAGAGUCCACAUCGGCCCAAAGAUGGAGAUCCGAGUUGUGACUCUGGGACUCGACGGGGCGGGAAAGACCACCAUCCUUUUUAAGCUGAAGCAGGAUGAGUUCAUGCAGCCCAUCCCAACCAUCGGUUUCAAUGUGGAGACGGUUGAAUAUAAAAACCUGAAGUUCACAAUCUGGGACGUUGGUGGGAAGCAUAAGCUGAGGCCUCUGUGGAAGCACUAUUAUCUAAACACUCAGGGUAGGUGGGGACGCAGAAAAGCUGACUCAUGAUUGAUGGUUUUACAG